AUGCUCUCUACUCGCACCUACUCCGUUUCCGCCGCGAGAGGGCAGCAGGAGCCUGUGCCCUCCUACCCCACCGAGACCCCCUCGGACAGUCCCAGCCAGCCCUCGCAAAAUCAGGCCGCUCCCUCGAAGGCCGCAUCCAUCAGCUCCCUCCUCGACGACAGAAUCGACUUCAACCGCCCUCAAGGCACCAAACGCACCUCGCGCUUCGCGUCUCCUAGCGCCCAACACACGAACCGCAAUACCACUGCAUACAACGUGCCAAGCGGCUCCUCGGCCGAUGAAGCGGCGGCGCGUUUUGACGGCGCGCUGAGCAGCAGCACCAGCGGCCGGAUCGACAGUCUGAUUCCGAACAUGGGCCGCACGACAUCGGCCACCGGCAACUCCCUGGGAAACCUCUUCAACCAUCCCUACUGGGGGGCGGCUGCGAAGCAGAAGAGCCUGGUCGAGCCGCCGGACCCGGCGACGUUGCCGCGCCUGGGCCCGACCAUCGGCCGCAGCGUGACCAUCCGCGACAACGUCGACCUGGCCAAGGGUCUGCGCAACCUGGACGUCAUCUGCGCACGCAACCGAGUCCGCGGCGACUUCAACAAACAGCGCUUCCACGAGCGUCCGGGUCUGAAGAGGAAGAGACUGGCGAGUGAACGUUGGAGGAAGCGCUUCAUGGAUGGGUUCAAGGCCACCGUGUCGAGAGUGCAGUACCUUAAGAGACAGGGAUGGUAG